GUUGCCAAAGUGGAUCGAAAACAUGGAAAGAGACCACUUCCUUUGGAAGAAGAAGAGAAAGCGUUUCCGAUUUAUUCUUCUCGGUCCCAGCAAGACAUAUCGGCUGUGGUAUCGGCUCUUGUUCAAGUCAUUGGUGGCAAUCCAGAACACAAAGAUCCAACAACAGCGUCUCAGUCAAGUGUUGUUGGAAAUGAUUCAAAUGAACAAUCACAACCACCACAACAUCAAGGAAACGUAAGAAGGCACUAUAGAGGAGUGAGACAACGACCGUGGGGGAAGUGGGCAUCGGAGAUUCGAGACCCAAAGAAAGCAGCGAGAGUUUGGCUGGGAACCUUUGAAACUGCUGAGGCAGCUGCACUCGCUUACGAUGAAGCAGCUCUCAGAUUCAAAGGAACCAAAGCUAAGCUUAAUUUUCCAGAAAGGGUUCAUUUCUCUAAGGAAUUUGGUUACCUCACUAAUCGUCCAUCAUUGUUCCACGCCUCGGCGACGCCACUCAGUGAUCAACAUUCUCAAGUGUUUGGUGGCACUGCAACUAAUAAUGAUGCCAUGCCUCGUUUAUAUGGGACUGACGUCGUGUUUCUUUCUGCUGAACAAGACCUUCUACCGUUUUCCAUGCAGUCUUCUACUUCUGAGCCUCCUAGGAAACCAACAUGUGAUUUGGAUGGCAAAGACAAACUAUGAGAGAGGACCUUCUAUACACUAUUCAUUUACAUAUAAAGACUUUUUCAUUAUUUAUAUGCUUAUCAGUUUUCAUUAAUUAGUAACCCGUAUAAAUAUAUGUAUGUUGCCAAGGGAAUAUUUGUUUGAAAAAGAAUAGUCACACAAACCUAAUUGUGUAUGCACCCUUUGUGUAGGAUUGUAUAUAUGAUCGAUAUGCAUAUAUGAAAGAUGGUUGCAGAUCAA